AUGGACAACUCGAAGCUUCAGUCAAAUCGUAGGCCAUCAUUCAGUCAAAAGAAGAAAGAACUCCCAAAUACAGACGGUCAUGCACUAAUCAUAAACAAGGACAGGAACACAGAAAAGAGAAAGAGGACCCUGCCACAUACUCAGUGUCAUGCUCAUGCUCACGUCCGUGCUCUCCACCAUCCGCUUGAACUCCUCGAAGCUGAUCUUGCCAUCCCGGUCUUUAUCCGCCUCCAUGAUCGUCUUAUCCACGAUCUGCUGCAGCUGCACGUCCUUCAGGUUGUUGCCGACCAUCAUCUUCAGGACGAUAAACAGUUCGCCGUUCGAGAUAUAUCCGUCACGGUCGAUAUCAUACACCUUAAAGGCGAAGCGCAGCUUCUCUUCCUUGUUGCCCUUGGAGCUGAAGGCCGACAGUCCGGAGACGAAUUCCUGGAAGUCAACAUCACCACCUCCGUCUUCGUCAAAGAUCGCGAUCAUCCUAGUGCAUCACAAAGAUCCCAGCGACUUUUGAGCCAGUAUCGAAGCGAACCCACAAUUAGACGCAGAGACUAUGCUAUCAAGAACCUGAGAGCCUCCAACAGACCCCUGUCUCUUCCGUACGGGGGAAUGGGGAGGACGCGCCCGAAAAAGCUCACCUCCAAGGCCUCGAUCCCUAUCGUUAGGGAGGACCAAAUCGAGGACGUCGAUGAAGAGGUCCAGGCCGCCCUUCAGCAGGUCGAGACUGGUGUUGAGAAGGCGGAGGAGUCAGAAAUCCAUCUGCAAGCCGCUAUUAAUGCUGCCGCACGCGGUAAAGUCAGUGAGGCACAUAUCCCAACACCAGAAACCGUCCUAAGUAAUAUCCGAUAUGACGAACUCUAUCCCCCUACCUUUUCGCAACCUGCAACGUACAUCCGCUUCUCCUCGACCGUCGAGGAUUGUUGCGGAUGUCCGUAUAACAUGGUUGAGGAGGACGAUGUCUUCCUCAAGGAAAUGAACCAGAAGCGGGAUCCAUCGUCUCAAUGCACAGAGGAUCAAUUCGAAGAAGUCAUGAACUUCUUCGAGGAGACGGCGCGACUGAAGCAACCGUUUGCCGCAGUCGACAAUCCUCCGGUGCUUUCGUAUGAAGAAAUGGAAGAGUCCUUUGACGCAGCUGUAGACGAAAAUAUAAAGAAGUUCGCAAAGGAUAUCUAUGAGCACUGGAAGGCACGGAGGAUAAGGACCGGAAACCGUCCCUUGCAGCCAACGCUCAAGUUCGAAACCGGUCAGGAAACCGAUGACGGUGAUCCAUAUAUUCGCAAGACUCGUGGUAGAGAUGCACAGAGUGCCGAAAAGCUGAGAAGGCUCCGAAAAGAGCUCGAGGAUGCUCGCCAGCUGGUGGCCUUUGUGCGACAGCGCGAAUUGGCGCGAAAGGAGUUGCUUGCUCUCGAAAAACAGAUCUUCUUGCAGCGGUCGGAGGUUAAGGAAAUGAAACGGAAACUUGGCAUCAAGGAUGAUGAUGAGGAUCUCAUCAACCAGAAGCCAAAGAAGAAACCCGUCGAAGUUCCAGCAGUCCAACGACCCGCUGUUCCACAGCUCCGCCUGCCCCAGAGGCCUGGGGCGCAGGCUGCAGAAGACUUGCAGUUGUUGGAGGAUGUGCAGGCUGAGAAAGAGAAUGAGAUUCUGCGUGACAUCAAGCAGAAUCUGGCGAAGCAUAUCAAAUGGAACGAGGGAUAUGUUGACCUCACAAGGGCGCCGCUUACCCCGUCUCCCAAGAAGACCUUUGAGGCCGCUUUCCGUCCCGCGAUUACCACACAGCUGCCAACACCUCCGUCUUCGGAUUCAUCCGACAACAUGGGUGAUACCGCUCUAGACAACCUCCAUCCGUAUUUCCGUGAUUCCUUCGCGUCCCGAACCAUGGACGUGGAUGAGGAUACUAGCAGAAUCCCUUCGUUUAGACGGCGUAUAGGGCGAGGUGGUCGUAUCAUGAUCGAUCGUCGGAAUCUAGCACCGCGGUGUAAGGUGGACAUUGAUCCAAUAAAGCUUGACCGAUUCAAGUACGAUAAUGACGACGAUGACGAUGAUGAUGUGGUGUUUGAGCGUGAUAAGUAUGAUAUACACGUCAUGCAACACCGAGCCAUUAUGGCUGCAAAGGCUCGCGAGCAGGCGCUAGCGGCUGCUCAAGCGCAGGCCCAAGCCCAAGCCCAAGCCCAGGCACAGGCACAGGCACAGGCACAGACACAAGCCUCGCAAGGCCAAACUCAGGCGCAAGCACAGCGACGGCCGCAGGGCGGUGACCAGAACACGGCUCCUGGUGCACCGAACGCGGGGCAAACGAUGGGAUCGAACCCGGGUCCUAGUGCCAUCGCCGCAAGCAGUGCGGCAUAA